GCAGCCAACAUGGCAGAUGACAUCUCAUCUGCCACAUUGGCAAUUUGCCACAUCAGAGGAUAAAAUUUCUUCAAAAAAUGUAAUUGAUUGUGCCAUAUCUUUUUAAAACAAACCCACUUUCUCAAACAACAAUCACGUAAACAACAGCCAACCACGAUCAACCCAAACUUGUGUUUAACCAUAAUCCAGCAUCAGCCAUCACUUUUUGGAACCGUCAUCGAUUGUCAGCUCUUUGAAACCAUCAUCGGACUUCAUUUGCUGGAGAUGUCAGAGGAUUUAACUUCUUCUUCAAAGUUGGAUUUGUUGCAAAGUGUGACUUCACCGGAGCCUUCAUCAAAGCAACUAAGAAUUUCAAAAAUGGAGGAGUGCAGUCAAACAAAUUCCAAGAACACUUCUUCUCAUUUCAAUGUUAUUGGGGAUAAUCAUUUUGAAGAAAUUGAUUAUACAAGAAGUUUAGAAGAGGAAUGGGAGCCUAAGCCUGGAAUGGUUUAUGAUUUGUUAGAGAAUCUUGUUCAAGACUAUAAAAGCUAUGGAAAUAGGAAGGGUUUUAAAGCUAUUAUACGAUCUACAACAAAAGGAGAUGAUGGAGAUGUAAAAUAUGUGGCGUUGGCUUGUUCUUGUCAUGGCAAGGCUAGAAGUAAUUGUAGGAAUGCUUUUAAAAUGCAUCCAAUGACAAAAAUAGAUUGCAAGGCGCGAAUUCGUGCAAGCAUACGUUUCGAUGAUAAAUGGACAAUAUCUUCAGCUAUAUUAGAUCAUAACCAUGAACUCAAUAGUCCUGCCAAGACUAGAUACUUUAAGAGCAAUCGAAUAAUACAUCCAUCUGUGAAAAGGAAGCUUGAAGUGAAUGAUAGGGCUGGCAUUAGACCAAAUAAAAAUUUCAAUGCCUUAAUAGUUGAAGCAGGUGGUGCUAAAAAUUUGCCAUUCUUACAGAAAGAUUGUAGGAAUUAUAUUGAAAAGGUAAAGAGGCUACGACUUGGUGUUGGAGAUGCUUCUGCAAUUCAGAAAUAUUUUCUUAAAAUGCAAAGUGAGAAUUCAAAUUUCUUCAACACAAUGGAUUUAGAUGAAGAGGGUCGUCUUAAAAAUGUUUUAUGGGUGGAUACGAGAAGUAGGGCCGCUUUUAAAGAAUUCGGUGAUGUUGUGACAUUUGACACCACAUAUUUGACCAACAAAUAUGAUAUGCCGUUUGGUGCUUUCGUUGGAGUGGAUCAUCAUGGUCAUUCAAUAUUAUUUGGUUGUGGGUUAAUCUCUAAUGAGGACACAGAGACAUUUGUAUGGCUUUUUAAAUCUUGGCUUGCGUGUAUGUCUACCACGCAGCGCAGUGAAAGUAUGCAUUCAUUCUUUGAUGGUUAUGUCAAUUCAAAAACCACUUUAAAACAGUUUGUGGAACAAUAUGAAAAUGCAUUGCGUGAUAAAGUGGAAAAAGAAAGGGACGCUGAUUUUAAAUCUUUCAAAUCAUGGAUCCCUUGUAUAAGCACUUAUCCAAUGGAGAAACAAUUUCAAGAUGCAUAUACCAUUGCAAAAUUCAAAGAAUUUCAACAAGAACUUGCUGCUAAGAUCUAUUGUGGGUUGUCUUCUUUUAAAAAGGUUGAUUCUUAUAUGGAAUUUAUAGUACAAGAAGAUGUUGUGGUUGGAGAGACUCAUCGUCGUGUUACUUUUGUAGUUCGCUUUGAUGAAUCAACUUAUGAUAUUCAUUGCAAUUGUCGAAUGUUUGAGUUUAGAGGAAUAUUAUGUCGACAUGCAAUUGUUGUGCUAAUUGAGAAGCAAAUUUCUCAUGUACCAGAUAAGUUCAUGUAA